AUGUCCGAUCAGUUGCGUAUCAGCACCUUUAAAGGCCCCGCCACGGCGACCGCGGUCUCGACGUGGUUUUCCGAGUGUGAAGGCCGCUUCGACUAUUACGAAGAUAUGAACGCCACGGUAAUCGGAGACAAGAGAAGAAUACACGAAGCCGCUGCUCGUAUCGCUGAGGAUCAUGAGAUGGAUUCGAGUUCUAAAGGCUUAAAAGCUUGGUAUGAUUCCGAGUGGAAAACACUGACCAGCGGCACGUGGGAUGAAUUUCGAGACCGAAUCAAGGAGCAGCUAUUGGGGCCAAAAUGGCGGUUGGAGCUCCUAAAGGAAUUUUUCACCCACACCCAGAAUGUCGACUCAAUGGCAGAUUAUAUCAAGCAAUUCAGUGCGCUGAGAUACAACAUCAGCCGAAGCAGCUCCCUGCCGAACAUCGACGACGCUGUGUAUAACUGCCUUCUGCUGUUCAAGAGUAACCCGGAUGUCUACAACCAAUUUGUCGACCACCAGUUGAAUGAGAAACAACUUCUUGGGGCCACGGAAAGAGAGCUGCAGGAACUCCUUCGCAAAUAUGGAGACCAAGCCUGUAAAGUGCCGCCGCUCUAUCAUAGCCAAAUGACUGAGAGUGGAGUCGCGUACAUUACCAGUACUUUAUUUAGCUCGACCCCGGCGACCUACAGCUGGGGGGGCACCAUUACCGGGUCUUUCGGGAGUCUUCCUGAUGACCCUCGCCGCCUUACCCGGCUGACACUGGUCUCAGUUAAGAGCUAUAAUAACAAAAACUUGCCGUCGAUUCAGGCGCUCCAUCUCACAUAUCACGAUAGAACUUCACAUUACGCGGGAUCUAAUAACCACUGGAGCCUCUCGAAUGAUUUUCAUAUGGAUGAUGAGAACGACUUCCUGGAAAGUGCGACAUUUUCCAGGGAUAUCACCUACGGCUUUGUCUCCUAUGUUCGUCUCGAAACCGCAAAAGGACAAACAUUCGAGGUUGGGAGCAGACGUGGGGAGACGAAAACUUUCAGUGCACCGAAAGGUUGGUCAAUUGUAGGGUUUCAAGGCGAUUGUGGUAGGAUGCAUAGGCUCUGGAAUGUCAACACAUAUCUGAACGCCAAAUUUGGGGUGAUCUAUGGACCUCGUGUGUGCGCCUAG